CAUAGCAAGGAGAAACAUCCUUUCAGCAUCUUGUUCUACCCUGUGAUGUAAACUGACUCACUUCCGUUGCUACCGAGAAAUAUGGCGGAGAAGCGGCGCUCGGGAGUCUCCGCAGUGAUGUCUGACUCGAAAGCCACCAAAGCAGACACCGAUCAAGACUUCUUAUGUCAAGCAGGCGUAGAUGUUUUACUUCGCGGUGCAUUACUGAAACUCGUAGAAGCUAGAUCGGAGGACCCCAUCGGUUUCCUGGCUGAACACUUCAGCAAUUUAACAUCCGAGACGGAGAACAGUCCGGUCGGAGGCGGUGAUGGGGAGCAGCAUCACAGCAAUGUAUUGGAACAGCAGCAGCUUAGCCGAGCCUUGUGGCACAUAGGUCUGGCGCAUCACUCCCAAAGAUCAGCGUUCAACAGCAACACUCGUGUGGCCUACGACCUCCUGAUAGAGGGCGGGUCCCGUCGCCGUGGCGCAGCAGGAGGGGUCAAGGGUCGCGUCUACACAGAGCUGCUGCGCGGCCUGUGCAGCGAGGGCGGCCUGUCAGUCACCGCCUCAGCGCCACUCCUGCAGCGCAUCCAGUGCCACGACCACGAGGCCGUGCCCUUCGAGCUCUUCCGCCAGGGCGUGCUUACCUGUGCCGCCUUCACGGACUACAUCCGCAAGUCUCAGUGCCUGUACGCAGCCGUCAGCAGCUGCCCAGAGCAAGCGGGCGACAGGGCGCUCUGCCAGGCGGUGCUGGGCACGCUGCAGGAGGCCCUGGAGACCACGUCUGCCUGGACGGACGUGGCACGCUACCUGGAGGCCAGCAUGAAGAUCUCGCCCGGCAAGCUGGCACAGGCCAUGGCCGAGGCGCAGGGGCCCAGUGGCGGAGGCACGGGCCCCACCAUGGACGCUCAGGAGUUUGAAGACAGCGCCGCCAAGCUCUUCCUGGCCAGAGUACGCAUAGUUUCGUAGGCAGGAGUCUGAGCAAAAGGUUGCAAUGCAAGAUGUAGCAGAGUAUGUCAAGGCUGGGGCAUGUUGUUAAAGACUAUGAUGUUAGUGUGUCCUACAAUUUUGUGUUAUAAUAAGGUUUAUACCUCAUUGGCCUUUUCUUUUAUUUCAAAACUGCGGGGAUCAUGGGUUACAUCUGUUUAUGUGAGGAAUUACACAAUGUACUGAUGUCCACAUGGCAUCAGUGCUCAGAUAAUGUGAAGACUUCAGUAGGUUCAUUCACAGAUUGCCUGGAAUAUGUUGCACUGUUUCUGAAUGUGACCUUCCACUGUUGUUACUGCGAUUUUUGCUUGCAUUAAUGUGACAACUGGAACCUUUCCCCUUGCUGUAGUGCAUUGAGUGCAUGAAGGCCUCCCAAGAUUGUUGUCUGCACCCUGAAGUAAUGUUUGAACUGAGCAAAAAAGAUUGCCCUAAGAACUCUUUGGGCAUAAAGUGUUUGAUUUCAUUUUUUUGUGUCAGAAAGCUAAAAAAUCGCCUAUUAUUUUCUGUCCGUUCAUAUUUCCUUUGGUGACAAUUAUCAACAUGAGAUAGUGGGGAAAGCAAAUACAUGACAAGUUGUGCAACCACUGUUCACUUAUUUGUAACUCUCCAUUUACAGGAUAGGGCACCCAUUUAAUGCAGAGUAUGUAUCAAUGCACUGCUACUGUAUAUCCAGCAGAGGUCACCCUGUAGACUGCUUGCAGUGCCAGUGCUGUACGUGUAUUUAUUCACCAUUGCCAACUCUCUCCAGGUUUGAAUACAAUGAUUCAGAUUGAUUCAGAUUCAAAUAUCACAACACUUUUGUGACAAUGUAUCCUUUCAAGGGUUUAAAGCAGAAGUGAUUUUUUUAAUCUUUGGUUAUCUGGUGAGGUUAGACCCACAGAAUGUUUCACUUCUCACUUCUCCAAAUCAUUUUUGCACUUGCACAUUUAGCCCACCAAAUGUAAAGAGUCUGAAAAUGUAGAUGAGCUAUUAUUUUGUGUU